UGGAAUGGCAUUGAAUAUCUCUCGUACGCAAUAGCCAAAAUGCCCAAAAGAAUUUGUAGAGACAUCGCUGAUAACAGCCGUAGAAGUCAAUCACUUCAUGAAAGCCCUUGAAAGGGAUAUCAAUACUUUUGCCUCCAAGGUCGACCAAGUCCGGUGGCCAUUAUGGUGGCAGGAACUGGAUUCGGAUUCGGGUUCCGGCUGGAUAGCCCUGGCAAGCGGCGAUCCUUCUCUAAAUUUAUUGAAGCCGAUUUACUUCAUUGCCGAGAAUGUUCUUCGGCGAGACAUCGAUGACUUGGACGAUCACGAUACCGCGGAUGCAAAGGAUUGCCAAAUUACCCUGUGCCGGGAUCAGCGAUUGCUGAACUUAUUUUUCUCCAUUGUUCUGCAUCUCAUCUGCAACAACAUCGCAGGUGUUCAUGCAAUUCCCUCGUUCCUGCAAUGGGUGACAGAAAUGGAUGUACUGGACCGACUUGCGAUGUAUUUGAAGAUGAACCCCAAAGAUGCUGGAGCCCUUUUGGAAGCGGCUGUACGUCGGCUCAGACUAGCUCUAUAUGGAGAAAUACACCUGUCGUCUCCUGAUUCCGACAAAUACUCGUGGUGGGAGCAGCUAGUCGACUUCUUCGACAAACAAGGGCUGGGAGUCCCCCCCGAACUGUCUUCACGUCUGCUUCACGCCAUUGCCGGAAUUUCGACCGCAUCAGCUGCAAGGGCAUUACUUUCUCAUGGAGCCGAUAUCAAUUUUACUGCACCCAUCAGAUUUGAACCUGAUGGUAGACUCUUUCAACAGCUCCCUCCUCCCAUUGGGCCUCCACUAUUUCAAGCCAUCUAUUCCGACAACCCUGACAUGGCGGAGUUUCUCAUCGAGAAAGGAGCUGAAAUAAACCGCUGCUAUCAGACGAAUUCUCCCAAAUUGUCCUGCAACGCUCUUAGUAUCUGCAUCUCCAGACCCGACCCAUACGUUGCAGAGCUUCUCGUUAGGAAGGGAGCUCAGAUACCUCCAUCGAUCAAAGUCAAUUUGCGGCCCCUCCAACUCGAGUUGGAGCACAUAUUUAAUGAUGGAAAGUAUCCGCUUCUUCGGCAAUGGAUCCGUCAUCGCCUGCCACUCGUUGAUCUAAUCGUUCAAGCUGCGAGCAUCGGUAAAAGCGAGCUCUCCAAAGUUCUUCUAGAACACAACAUACUUCAGGAGAUGGCUUUGGAAUGUGCCUUGCGUCGAGCCAUCAAAGCGUCAGACACUCUCGCUGUGCAAACGCUACUCCAACGUGGCGUGAAUCCAAACCCGCCGCCAUGUCAGAUUGAAUGCUCGAAGUUUCUAGGUAUUGAUGAGGAAUUAGUGAAAGAGUCACCAAUUCUUUUGGUCAACACUACUGGUAUCGGAGGGAGAGAAAUCACGUAUUUACUAUUGCUGGCUGGUUCACACGUGCCCGAUCACAUUCUUAUCGACAUUUUUCGACGGAGGGUGGAUCGUCCAGGCAUGUUACCGAUCUACGAUGGUAUACUACCAUUAUACUCCCUUUUGGCAUCAAGAUUAUCAGCGGUGCCACUCAUUGGAGCUACCGCCUUGGCAAGCGCAGUCAAUCAAGGGAGCUUGAUCUUAUGCAACCGUCUCCUUGAUCUCAAGGCUCCCCUUAACUACUAUGGAGUCCACAGAAUGAGCUGCUUACAACAUGCGGCGCGUGAAGGAAACUUGAUUCUGACACGCUUUCUUCUCGAAAGUGGCGCGGAUGUAAAUUUUGCUGCUCAUGAGAAAGGAGGACGUACGGCGCUGCAGAGCGCUGUUGAACAUGAUGCAGCUUCAGUUGUAGAUUGUCUCCUCAGUGUCGGAGCAGACAUCAAGGCUCCUCCGGCGAAGAGGAAUGGAGUCACCGUGCUAGAAGCUUUCGCAAAGUCUAGCAAGAGUCGAUUCUACCCGAGAUUCGCAGCCAGAGCUUUGCACAUGCCACCGCAGUACCAAAGAGAUCAAGUUUCAAAACUAAGUCGUUUCCGAAAUUGGGUGGCCAUGGGGGUGCCCGUUAACCGGCCAAACGGUGAUGACGGUAGCUUACUGCACCACUUGGUAUAUAACUUACAUUACGAAUGCCUGCAGUCAGCACUGGAACUAGGCGCACGAACAGAAGCCAGGUGGCACGUGGAUAGGCACAUUGAUAAGUUUGAUGAUGAGCUUGAGCAUGAAACUUCAAAGGGCGCAAAGACUCCGCUUCAACUUGCUGCGUACUUGGACGAAGUUGACGCUGCUCGCUUGUUGCUAGAGCAUAGGGCAGAUAUCAACGCUAACCCUGGUGAUGAACACGGCAGAACUGCAUUACAGGCAGCGACGUGUAACUUCAAAGAACAGUGUGGGCAUGCCAUGCUGCAGCUUCUGCUUUCCUUCGACCCAGAUAUCAAUGCGCCCCCUGCAAGAGUAGGCGGCAUCACUGCACUACAGGGAGCAGCAAUCAGCGGUGAUAUCGGCACUGUCAAGAUGCUGCUCGAGAGAGGAGCGGAUAUCAACGCCCCUGCUGCAGCCGAGGAUGGGAGGACGGCGAUCGAAGGAGCUGCUGAACACGGCCGCCUGGACAUGGUUCAACUUCUGCUCGAGAAUGGUGCCAAAGGGAAUCCGGAGACUGGCUUCUCCAGAGCAAUUGAACUCGCAAAAGCAGAGACCCAUUUGGGGGUCGCAAAGGUUCUUCAGGAGCACGACGAGAUCUCGGCGCUGCUUGACAUGGGGCUGGCAUACGGAGAGAGUAAUGACUUGGCUAUCGCUUUGCCAUCUCCGGGAAUGAUUUUCGACCUCUGAAUUUCUGGUGGGAAAUGAAGCAAAAGAGGGUUACAAGAGACUUUUUUUUACUAUGAUUUGGAUAUUCACACCACGGAUAAGUAAGGUAGUUCGCACUUAGGAAGUGAUUGGCAAACAUUGACAAACUC